AGGAACUGCAUAGCAAAUCCACCAAAGAAAACAAAUAAAAAUUCGCAGUCCAAAAAAAAAAAUAAAAUAAAAUAACGUUUUCCAGAAAUUGCAGGUUGCGAACGGAGCCUGCGCAGACCGCGGAGCGGUACCUCGGAAUCUAAAAUUAACAUAGCGGCGGCGGUUGUGGGAGUUUUUGGAUUAUAAAAGAUGUCCCAGACUAACUGGGAAGCUGAUAAAAUGUUAGAUGUGUAUAUCCAUGAUUAUUUAGUAAAAAGGGAUUUGAAGGCUUCUGCUCAGGCUUUUCAAGCCGAAGGGAAGGUAUCAUCAGAUCCUGUUGCUAUUGAUGCACCUGGGGGUUUCCUCUUUGAAUGGUGGUCUGUAUUCUGGGACAUAUUUAUUGCGAGGACAAAUGAGAAGCAUUCAGAGGUUGCUGCAUCAUACAUUGAGACACAGUUGAUUAAGGCACGAGAGCAGCAGCAACAGCAGCAACAGCAGCAGCAGCAGCAGCAACCUCAACAACCACAACAUCAACAACAGCAGCAGCAGCAGCAGCAGCAGCAGCAGCAACAACAGCAGCAGCAGCAGCAGCAACAGCAGCAACAGCAGCAGCAGCAGCAGCUGCAAAUGCAACAGUUAAUAUUGCAGAGACAUGCUCAGCAACAGCAACAACAGCACCAACAGCAGCAGCAGCAGCAGCCCCAGCCUCAACAGCCACAGCAGCGAAGGGAUGGAACCCACCUCCUUAAUGGCACUACAAAUGGGCUUGUGGCGAAUGACUCUCUUCUGCGGCAGAAUCAUUCAACUGCUAAUGCCUUGGCUACAAAGAUGUAUGAACAAGGACUAAAAGUGCCACUUCAGAGGGAUUCUUUGGAUGAUGCAGCUAUGAAGCAAAGGUUUGGAGAGAAUGUUGGCCAGCUCUUGGAUGGAAAUCAUGCCUCGAUAUUGAAGCCAGCUGCAGCUACAGGCCAGCCUUCAGGACAAGUGUUACACGGUACAGCUGGUGGAAUGUCUCCACAAGUUCAAAGUCGCAAUCAGCAACUGCCUGGAGCCACACCGGACAUAAAGACUGAGAUCAAUCCAGUAAUGAAUCCUAGAGUGGCAGGUCCUGAGGGAUCAUUGAUAGGAAUUCCUGGAUCAAAUCAAGGUGGAAACAAUUUGACUCUGAAAGGAUGGCCACUAACAGGAUUCGACCCGCUUCGCCCUGGGCUUCUUCAGCAACAGAAAUCUUUCAUACAGACUCCUCAACCCUUUCAUCAACUUCAGAUGUUGUCACCACAGCACCAGCAGCUUAUGCUUGCUCAGCAAAAUUUGACAUCACCAGCUGGCAGUGAUGAGAGUAGAAGGCUGAGAAUGCUUCUGAAUCGAAAUAUGGGUAUUAAGGAUGGCCUUUCAAAUUCUGUUGGUGAUGCGGUUGCAAAUGUUGGGUCAUCUUUACAAGCCAGUGGCCCUAUGCUGCCUCGUGGAGAUGCAGACAUGCUAAUUAGGAUAAGAAUGGGCCAGCAGCAGAUGCAACAGCAACAGAACAAUAAUCCACAACAGCAGCAGCUUCAGCAGCAUGCACUUUCAAAUCAGCAAUCACAGAUUUCAAACCCCAGCCUCCAUCAACAGGAUAAAAUGGGUGGUGGUGGGAGUGUAGCUGUUGAUGGUAGCAUGUCAAAUUCUUUUCGGGGAAAUGAUCAGGUUUCAAAAAACCAGACUGGGAGAAAGAGGAAACAACCAGUGUCUUCUUCAGGUCCUGCCAAUAGUUCAGGAACAGCAAAUACAGCAGGGCCUUCCCCAAGUUCAGCACCAUCAACACCAUCAACACACACUCCUGGAGAUGUGAUCUCGAUGCCUGCCUUGCCACAUAGUGGGAAUUCUUCCAAGCCUCUAGUGAUGUUUGGCACAGAUGGAACUGGCACGCUGACAUCGCCAUCAAAUCAGUUGUGGGAUGACAAAGAUGUUGAAUUGCAGGCUGAUAUGGAUCGAUUUGUGGAGGAUGGAUCUCUAGAUGAUAAUGUUGAGUCUUUUUUAUCCCAUGAUGAUACCGACCCUAGAGAUACCGUUGGUCGAAUGGAUGUCAGUAAAGGGUUCUCAUUUACAGAAGUUCAUUCUGUUCGAGCAAGCGGAAGCAAAGUUACUUGUUGCCACUUCUCAUCAGAUGGAAAGUUGCUUGCUAGUGGCGGCCAUGACAAAAAGGCUGUGUUAUUUUAUACAGAUUCCAUGAAACCAAAGUCUACACUUGAAGAACAUUCAGCCUUAAUUACUGAUGUCCGUUUCAGUCCAAGCAUGCCACGUCUUGCAACAUCUUCAUUUGAUAAAACUGUCAGGGUUUGGGAUGCUGACAAUCCUGGUUACUCACUUAGGACAUUUAUGGGACAUUCUUCUACUGUUAUGUCACUUGAUUUUCACCCGACUAAGGAUGAUCUCAUCUGCUCUUGUGAUGGUGAUGGCGAAAUACGAUACUGGAGUAUUAACAAUGGGAGCUAUACAAAAGUUUUCAAGGGUGGUACGGUUCAGUUGAGAUUUCAACCUCGUCUUGGAAAGUUCCUUGCUGCUGCUGCGGAGAAUGUUGUAUCUAUAUUGGAUGUGGAGACACAAGUGUUGAUGCAUUCAUUACAGGGACAUACUAAACCGAUCCAUUCAGUGUGCUGGGAUCCUUCAGGUGAGUUUCUAGCAUCUGUUAGUGAGGACUCUGUCAGAGUUUGGAGAUUUGGAUCAGGGUCUGAAGGAGAAUGUGUUCAUGACUUGAGCUGUAAUGGCAACAAGUUCCACUCUUGUGUUUUCCAUCCUACUUAUUCCUCAUCAUUACUGGUUAUUGGCUGUUACCAGUCUUUGGAGCUCUGGAAUACGACUGAGAACAAAACUAUGAGUGUGGCAACACAUGAAGGACUAAUUGCUGCAUUGGCUGUAUCGACUGCCACAGGGUUGAUUGCUUCUGCCAGUCAUGACAAGUCUGUCAAAUUAUGGAAAUGAUGGUUGUUUUCAGAAUUCCUAAGUUAACAGCAGAUGACAGUACAAAUUAGGGUUUUAUAUUUGCAGAUUGUAGUUUGUUGCUGUUUGGUUGCUCAAUCUGUCCGUUUGGUGUUCUGUUCCACAGAUUCAGCUCCUCAUGACCCCAACAUCUAACCUGUGUUGUAUUUUAAAUUAUUGCUUACUCUUUUUAACUUUGAAAGUCUGGGAUAUUUGUGGACUCUUUUAACGUUAUGAAGAACACGAUCUAAGAUGCCAUGUUCCUCAGUUUCCCCUCUAGGAAACACGCAGCAACGGCUCUUUCUGCAAUGUUUACCCUGUAUGGUUUCACCAAAACUAAAACUCGGUCUAGCAUCUGUUUCAAAGGACUUGAACAAGUCUAGGUUAGCUGCCAUCCAAUCAUUUGAAUCUUAAAGUGAAAGUACAAAUCUAACUCUGUUUUUGCUACGGCACUGGGGUGAAUGUUAAGUAUUCGUGCACCUCAUGAAAACUACCUCCUUGGUUCGGUGAAGGGAUGGUCAUUAGCUAGGAUUGGUUCAAAUCGAAUCUUAGGGUGUGUUUUGGGUUGUUGUAAAGUGUUGUGGUUGUAUUGAAUUAUGUUGUGUUGUAUUUGUAGUUAAAAUUUAUUUUGAUGUUUGAUUAUUUAUUUAUUAGAAGUAUUAUAAAUGAAAUAUAAUAAAAUUUAUUAAUUAUU